AUGUCAUCUGAGAUCACACAAUGGUGUCAGGAGUGUGAGAGGUGUCAGCAUACCAAGGGCCAUCCUUCAAAGUUCAGUAGUUUUAUGGGCCAUUUGAUGGCUUCCCGGCCAAACGAAAUCUUGGCCAUUGACUUUAAAGUUUUGGAACCUUCCCAGUCCGGCGUUGAGAAUGUUAUGGUCAUGACUGACGUAUUCUCUAAAUAUACAUGGGCCGUGGCUACCAGAGACCAGCGGGCGGAGACUGUGGCGCAGGUUUUGGUGUCCGAGUGGUUUUGUAGGCUUGGUGUUCCAAGCCGCGUCCACUCGGAUCAGGGACGGAAUUUUGAGGCCGCUAUCAUUUACCAGCUUUGCCGCUUGUAUGGUAUUGAAAAGUCUCGCACUACUCCGUGCCAUGCAGCUGAGUACUGGGGAGCCCCCACAGAGGAAAUUGGAGAUAUGUUUGGGGUGGUACCUGAGACUGCAGAUGGGGAAGCAGGUCCAGGGCCGCCAGUUGAACCCAGUAUAGGGUCACCAGUCAGACUCUCAUUGGGGCCCUCUGGACAAGAAGUUGUUCCUGUGGAUAGUGUGGACCUUCAGCUCUAUCUGGCCAAUCUGGCCAAUCAGACCGAUCGGGAGAGCAGCACAGCUGAGAUCCCGCUGGUUGUCAUCUUGGAUGAUGUGCAUGAUGCAACAUCUCUCAGUGAACUUGUUAAUGGUGCUUUAACCUGUAAAUAUCAUAAAUGUCCAUAUAUAAUAGGGACAACCAAUCAGCCAGUGAAGAUGACCCCUAACCAUGGCCUACACCUCAGCUUCAGGAUGGUGAUGUUUUCCAAUAACGUCGAACCAGCAAACGGAUUCCUGGUACGUUACCUGCACAGAAAGCUAAUGGAGGCUGAAGAUCCCAGGAGCGUGAAGAAUGAAGAUCUGCUGCGGGUGCUGGACUGGGUGCCCAGACUCUGGUACCACCUUCACACCUUCCUGGAGAAACACAGCACCUCUGAUUUCCUCAUUGGUCCCUGCUUCUUCUUGUCCUGUCCAGUAACUGUAGAGGAAUUCCGCACGUGGUUUAUCGAUCUUUGGAAUCACUCAAUCAUCCCGUACCUGCAGGAAGGAGCCAAAGAUGGCAUUAAGGUUCACGGGCAGAAGUCGGUGUGGGAGGAUCCGGUGGAGUGGGUCAGAGGAUCUCUGCCCUGGCCGUCUGCUCAGCAAGACCAGGCCAAACUCUUCCACCUGCCUCCCCCGAGCACAGGCCCCGGCAGCCCCAGCCAGCCAGGAGACGAUCGGCCACAUAAAGAGACGCCGCCCAGCUCCGUCGAGUCAGAUCCACUG